UUAUCUAUGCUUAUGACGUUGGCUCGUUGGGGGCCAUCCUUACCACGAUGUCCCAAUUCCCUGACUACUAUAAGCUACUGAACAUUCCGAGGACAGCAACACAAGACGAAGUCCGUCAAGCAUACAAGAGAGAGUCCUUGAGAACUCAUCCAGAUAGACUGGCCAACGCAUCCGCCACCGAAAGGAAUCGGGCGACUGAACGUUUCCAGGCCGUUGCAGACGCCUAUUAUGUCCUGUCGGAUCCCAGACGGCGUCAAGACUAUGACGUACUUUAUGCCUCUCGCGGGGACCGCACUGAUGACCCAACUGCAUCACCUGGGUUCUUCUCUCAGUUUUUCUCCAACCCUGGAGCUCGAGGUACGGAUGCGCCAGCAGGAGGACAAACUAACGCUGAUGGCGUCUUCGCGGAUGUAUUCGAAGAGCUAUUGCGUCCCGAGAUUGAGCGACGUACUCCAUGGUGGAGUUGGCUAGGUGCUGCCUGUGGAGCGGGAAUAGGUUUUAUAAUCGCGAAUGUUCCCGGGCUCAUGGUUGGUGCGUUCGCUGGCAAUCGGCUGGGUGCUGUAAGAGACGCAAAGGGCAAGUCUGUUGCCUCGGUUUUCAACGAACUCGGGGGUCAACAGAAGGCAGAGAUUCUCCGUGCUUUGGCUAUGAAGGUCUUGGGUUCUGUGUUGUGAAUACAAUAUACCAGUCAAUCCUUAUCCCUAACCGGAUGGCUCUCGAAUUUUUUUGUUGGAACCUUCUGAAAUACGUGUUUUCUAAUUUUGUAGCAUACCUACUUAAAGUUAUUAUGCGAAAGCAUAGUGU